ACGAGACAACACAAUAAGUAACUUCACUGGUGUAGGACGAAAUGUGAGACAAAUAAUACAUGUUGGCUUUAGUUGGGUGGUGGAUAGCAUCACGGUGGCGGGGGGAGGAGAAGACAGGCAAGGCUGGCUACUUGGUGGAGAGAAAAACAAGCCAAGACAAAGACCGCCAUAAACUAAAAUUUAAAAAGAAAAAAAUCUGUAAGGGAAAAAAAUUAGCACACAAAGACGAAGGUGGCCCAGAAUCCGCGCUGCGAGAAUGGAGGGCAGAUGAGUCGAAUUGUGUGUAACACAGACCGAGACGGGCUGGCGUGUUCCAUCUCUUCUGUGCAUCGAGCUGAUGAACAACACGGCUGUGUACUUGGACGGUUACAACAUUUUGUUGUGGUUUAGUUUUGUGCUAUUAGGCCUGUGCUGCUAGGAAAGGAUCAAAGUGCUAAAGCAGGAUGCUAAGCAUGUCUGACAGUGUACCAGGCCAAAUCUGAUGAAAACAGAAACUUGUAAAGCACUAUCAAGAGAGAGGUUUGACAAGUGAGAGAUGGGAGAAACCAGUAGUGCUUGGUCAUCUAAAAGAGCAGCUUUUUUUCUGAACAUCUUCACUACUGAGCCAAUUCAACUUUUCACACAGAAAUGUCCACCUAGCACAUCUCUGCGGUCAGUAAAAAGAUGGGUCAAGCUCAUUUUCAAGCAAAUUUCCAUUUCAGCUCUUAGUUCACUGGAACUGUGGCCUGUCUCUUUGACAAAGAUACUCGUUGUAUUGUUGGUCUUCUGUAUAUGUCAGACUUCCGCAGCAUCCAAUAAGUUGCAAUGUCCAGAUCUGUGCACUUGCUUCAGUGCAGAUUCCAUUUCACCAAGCUCUGGUGCCUUAAUGUCAGUUGAUUGCUCAGGCCUAGGUUUUUCUCAAGUGGUCUUUAAGUACAUGUUGACUUCCAAUAGUUCUAUUGGCAUUACAGAUGACAAUAUUACUUUAAACUUAGAUGACCAGCUUAAAAUAAAUAAAACUGAUCAAGCAAACAAUACAUUAAUUAUCCAGGGUCAACCUUUUGAUUCCUUUAACUCAAAUCAUAAUCAACUAGACACUACAAGCUUUCCGUCAAAUGAGGUGCAAGUGUUUGAUAUGUCCAAUAAUAAACUUCAGUGUUUGACAGCAGAAAUGUUCCCACAGCUUGGCAGCUUGGAUUAUCUCAACGCAAGCCACAACAGCAUUUAUCAUAUUGAGAAUACAACCUUCACUGGCAUGGUCAGUUUAAAGCUGCUUGAUCUCAGUCACAAUAACAUUAAUACAUCUGUCUGGGACAGCUUACACAUUCUCAGUAGAUUAAGCCAAUUGCUUUUAAAUAACAAUCACAUGCAGUUCCAGGCCAAUUCCACUUUAGUGUUAUCUUUCAAUCAUUUGACCACUCUGGAUAUAUCUAACAACCCUUUGAUGGAGCUACCUUUGGACUUCUUUCAACAUUUGCCUUUCAUGCACUCUUUAAAUUUGGCCAACUGUUCCCUACAAGAAUUGAGUGCCCAUUUGUUUAAGAAUAUGAAACACUUGGAGAAACUUAAUCUCAAUUCAAAUAGCAUUAGAAUCCUGUCCCAACCACUAUUUCAGGAAACAUCAUUGAAGUGGUUAUCUAUUUCUUCAAUGCCUAACCUGACCACUCUGUCUCAUGUAACUUUCCAUGGAUUAUCCCAAUUGGAAUACCUUAAUUUAAGUAACAAUCCUAACUUUCACUGGAUUCAACCAGAUCUUUUUACACCUCUUAAAGAAUUAAAAAUAUUGGAUCUAUCUCAUUCAGGUAUCAAAUAUUUAUCUGAAAUAACUUUUGUGAACAAUGUAAAUCUCAUGAAGGUCUUUCUCAACAACAACCCAUUUCACUGUUCUUGUGUCAAUGCUUGGCUGGCAAAGGAAGUACAUGAAGACCAUUCUAAAUUUGUGAACAUUUCUUUAUUAGAAUGUAUUAAUUUUGAGGAUAAAACUAAAUCCUCUGUCGCUAAAGCAGACUUUCAAUGCUAUGAAGUAAAGGUUCACAAUAUGACUUCUAGAGUGUCUGUUCCACUUGGAUCCAGGAUGUUACUUGAAUGCAAGUAUGACUCAGAUGAAGCAGCUGUUAUAAAAUGGACAACUCCAUCAGGGGCUGUCUAUUACCAUCAUCAUUUUUACACUAAUGCCAGCCAGCAUAUGCUGUCCCCACAGGAUGUGCAGCCAGAGUCUGAGUUCCACAUUGGCCACUACUGGCAUGACAGUAGCUCUUAUCAUUCUGAGUUAUCCUCCAAGAGCAACAGGGUCAUGAUAUUAUCUGAUGGCUCCUUGUACAUUGACUACAUGAUGAGGUCUGACCCUGGGCCCUACACAUGCCAAGUCAGCAACCAAUUCUACAACCAAACAACAUCCAUCAAAAUUUAUAUAGCUUGCAAGCUUUCAGGUGAGGUCAAAAUCUUUGCUAUAGUAGUUGGUCUACUCUGUGCACUGGCAUUUUUCACUCUUAAUGUCAUUUAUGUAAUAAUAUCAUGGACAGCUAGGCGCCUUGUCAACAAACGAAGAAGAGAAAUUAUAAGACAGAUGCUGGAGAAUCUAAACGCUUAUAAAACAACCCAAAUAACUCGAAUUCAUGAAAACUAUACACAUCAGCUAACCCGCGUGAGGAACCAGUAUCAUAUUCAGCGAGAUAAGCUUCAUCGCAAUUAUACUUCACAAGUUGCUAGGGUGAAGCGAGGGUGCUCUAACCAAGUAGAAAAAGUCAGGGACAAUUACAACUCAAAACUGCAUCAUCUCAGAGAGUAUUCCACCAACCAAAUAAUACAGAUUAGAGAACGUGCUAAUAAUCAGAUAGUACGAAUUCGAGACUAUGGCUCAUCUCAAUUAGAUAAACUUAGGGAGACCUACAAACUACAACAGCAGCAUGUUCUAAAGCUUUUGGAUACAAUGAACUUAGACAACUGCCGUCAUGUGGUAGAAACAGAAUGUAUGCGCGCAGAGAGUAUGAUGUAUGAUAUAGACCUAUUGGGAGAAGAAGACCGUACAGAUUCUCCUCUCUCAGAGUAUACAACAGCAGCCAGUAGUCCUGCCACAAGCCUGGAAGAGAAAAGUGAUGUUGGCUUGAGCAGCACCAUGGAAGUAGAUCUUGGAAACAACAGAGACUAUAGCACUAGUUCCAGUGACCAGGACAUUAUCAUUGAGAUGCAGACUAGAGUGGACCUGGAGCCUACUUUGAGUCUGAACAUUGCAGACAGGUGGCAAUAUGACCCUGAACUUGAAGAAAGACAUGAGUAUAGCAUGAAAGUCCUGAGUCAGUCAGAAUCUGGCAAUGAAAGAUGUCUGCUAGAACUUGAGAGUGAGACAAGUGUUCUCCCUGAACAAGACAUUGAGGGCAUGCUGAAGGCAGUCAAACAGAAACAUGAUGACAAUGAAAGUCAAUGGGAAGGAUCCUAUGUCACUCCUGAUUCAUCUCCAGUGAAAUACUGUCCAAUUAGUCAAACUUUCAACUAUAAACUAAAACAUCUAGCAGGGAAAGAAAGUCAAGAAAAAAUUCAUGACAAUUCAGAGACUGAUAUUUGAUGGUGAUUUUGAGAUUAUGUUAAAUUGAUUUUGAGAUUAUGUUAAUUUUUCUCAUGAAACUAUGUGCACAAAUAACUUCACACUUAGAAGAUUUUAGAGUUAUUUUUCAAAGUAAGUUUUUCAUGAAUAGUAUAUAGACAGAAUAUGUUCAACAUCUUUUCUUUAUUUAAAACUCACACACACUAAUCCAAUGUUCUUUCAUCUUGACACUUUCCCCUAAUCAUUGUAUAAAUUAUUUGCAUUCAUGGCCUGCACUUCCAGACUUUCUAUUUCCAUGCAGAUAUUCAUCUGCUCAAUUUAUUUAUGUAAAUCAUGCAAGUUAACUAUUCCAGACAUUUACUAGUGUGAAAGAGAUUAUAUAUUCUGUAUCCUACCACCCCUUUAUGUGCAAUAUUUUAACCAAGAUGUUACUAGGAUUACCAUACAUCUUUCAUGUUCUUAGGUUACAUAAAAAGAUGUAAUAAAAUAUAAUGGCAGACUGUCUUAUUAAGCACUUGAGAAUUUAAUAAGCCAAUGAAAAAGAAAAAAAAAUCAGUUUUGGUUUGUGUAAAGAAUAUUAAGUGCUGCAUUUUACUUAUUGCUAUGUCUCAGGAUGUAUGAAAAUGUAUUCAAGAAACAAUGAUAUUACAAGUAAACUGGAUGCCAGACAAAUUGUGACAACAGAGUAAAGAUUGUUUGUUUCACAAGUUAUUGUUCAUUUCAGGGACAGGUUACUUUUUCUUUUCUUUUAAUGUAUGAACCAAAUAGAAUGAAUAAAUUAUUUAUUAAACCAU